AUGCCGCCCUCCCGUCGCCGAGGAGGUAACACUGCCUCCGCCCGAUCAAACCAGCCAGUGCUAUCCUUCGGUGCCAAGUCAAGAGUCACAAAGCCGUCCGCUGCCCCAUCCCCUUCGGAGAAAGCCAAGGAUCUUGAGCCUCUUGUUGCAAAUGUCCCCGAGACAGAUACGUUAAAGGACGUCCAGCCCUCCCAACCUUCCACGGCGGAGCUUGCUGUGAGGUCACAAGCGAAGGCCGAAACCCAGCAACCUUUGCUGGAGGUCGACAAGAGGGCAACCAAGAUCACGCAGAAACAGCUACAGGAGUACUGGAACAAAGAGGAAGCGAAGAGCCGGGGGCCCAGGGUUCAUCACCAAGAUCUUGGCCUAGACGAGAAGAUAUUGCGGCAUUUUGAUCUCUCUAGUCAAUAUGGGCCUUGCAUCGGAAUCGCACGUUUAAAACGCUGGAGGCGAGCGGAGUCCCUCAGCCUGAAUCCCCCGCUUGAGGUCCUCUCAGUCUUACUCAAGAAAGAUGGUACCACAGGGCAGCGAGCAUAUAUCGACGAGCUAAUGUCAUGA